CAAAUGUCAAAUUCGCUCAAAAAAAUACUGCAAAAUAAAAAUAAACAAACCAUGCAUUUUCGCAAAUAAACGGUUGGAACGUUACCGGUGAUGGCUUAUUUUCAUUACCGAUGCGGUGAAAGGAUCACCCUAACGAACGAUAAUUGCACUGCCAUACGAAAUGAAAGCGAAUUCGAUCACGGUCUCGUUAUAUCGGCCGAACCCCUGCAGAACGACGUUCUUUUCGAAAUAAAAAUCGAUAAAAAGGUGAAUUGUUGGUCUGGAAGUUUGGAGAUCGGUGUUGUCGAUUGUGAUCCUUUACACUUUGAUUUUCCACCUUGUGCUUCGAAGAUACAGUCUGGAUCAUGGAUUAUGUCGGGUACAACCGUGUUCAAAAAUGGAGCAUGUUUGAUGGAAGGUUACGGAAUGGAUUUAGAUCGAUUGAAUCAAGAUGAUCGAAUUGGUUUAAUGAGAACUUCAGAAGGAGAUCUAAUGUUCUACAUCAACGGAGAAUGUCAAGGAGUCGGCGCGGAGGAUUUACCGAGCGUGGUGUACGCCAUAGUGGACUUGUACGGUAAAUGCGUCCAGGUAACUAUCGUCAGCCCGGCUUUUCGAGAACACAACAACGACGAUUGCCUCAGCGGCAGCUCAGUCUUAGCUAUCGAUAACGAUAUUCUCAACGUAACGCUCGGAGGAGAUUUGAGCGAACUCAGCAUAAGCAGCAGCAACAGCUUGGAUAUUCGUAUGGAUAUGAACGUUAGCGUAAGUCUUCCCGAGGAAGUUCCUCGACAGGAUAAGAUCCGGUUUCACGACAGGUGCGGUUCGCUCGUGAAACUAUCGAACGUUAACCGAAGCGCUGAAAGACGCAGGCCUUUCGAUGAAUUCAACAAUGGCGUCGUAAUGACCAACAGGCCGCUUAGAGAUUCGGAAUUGUUCGAGAUACGUAUCGAUAGAUUAGUGGAUAAAUGGAGCGGUAGUAUAGAGAUGGGAAUAACGACUCACAAUCCGAACACGCUCGUAUUUCCUGCGACGAUGACGAACAUGCGUAGCGGCACCAUCAUGAUGUCGGGUUGUGGUAUUUUAACUAACGGUAAAGGCACGAGAAGGGAAUAUGGCGAUUUCAAUUUGGACGAAUUGACCGAAGGCGAUAGGGUGGGAAUGAUGAGAAAACCCGACGGGAAUCUACAUUAUUUCAUCAACGGUUUGGACCAAGGCGUCGCCGCUCAAAGAGUACCGGCCACCGUAUGGGGUGUCAUCGAUCUCUACGGGAUGACUAUUAAAGUGUCGAUAGUGGAGCGCGACGAGCGCGAAGAACAGAACCUGAUUACCCGUAAGAACACCAGAGAACAACAAAUCCACUUGCCCGAGCCGAAUUCCCUGCCGGAUUUCUACGAUCGUCUCACGUUCCAUCCGAAUUGCGGCACUCACGCCGAGGUUAUCAACAACAACAGGACGGCCCAUCGGCCCAACGCCGCCGACGAUUUCAACAACGGCGUCGUAUUAACGGCGCGACCGCUCAAAACCGGCGAAUUGUUCGAGGUUCGAUUGGAUAGGGUGGUCACCAAGUGGGCAGGUUCCAUAGAAAUUGGUGUUACAACGCACAGUCCGGUCGAUUUGGAUUUCCCUUUCACGAUGACCAACGUUAGAUCGGGCACGUGGAUGAUGACGGGCAGCGGUAUAAUGCACAACGGGACGAUCGUUCUGGAACAAUACGGUGUUAAUCUGGAUAGAUUGCAAGUGGGCGAUAGAGUGGGCGUUUUGAGGAAAGAAAACGGUCUGUUGCACUUUUUCGUCAAUGGAAUUGAUCAAGGAUGCGCCGCGUCCAACGUUUCGGAGAAAAUUUACGGUGUUAUAGAUUUGUACGGGCAAGCAGUAGAAGCUACAAUAAUCGAUAUAUACGAUAAUGGUUCUCCUGAUACAGUAAACUCGAGUUUCUCCAACACAACACUUUAUAGCGAUUUGAGGUUCCAUCACGUUCACGGUAAAAACGCGCGCAUAGUGAGCAACGGUUUAACGGCCCUCAGACCGAGACCACUGGCCGAAUUCAACGAGGCCAUAGUAUUCUCCAGUCGACCUCUAAGAGAUGGAGAAAUGUUCGAAGUGUGCUUGGACAACAUAGUAGACCGUUGGUCGGGUAGCAUCGAAUUAGGCGUAACGUCGGUACGACCCGACGAAAUCGACCUGCCCAGCACGGCGACCGAUCUCUGUCGCGACACGUGGAUGCUGAGCGGCUCAUCGGUCAUGAUCAACGGCAAAACGAUCAAGAGCAACUACGCCUUCGAUCUCGAUACCCUGUCGGCCGGCAUCCGCAUCGGCGUCAUGCGAUCCGCCGAUAAAUUGUUGGAGUUCUACCGGAACGGCGUACCGCAGGGCGUCGCCUGCAUCGUACCGCACAACAACAUCUACGCCGUGGUGGAUUUGUACGGGCAAUGCGCCCAGGUCAGCAUACCGUGCGCCUCGCCCGUCGCCGCGUUGGCUUCCACAGGUAUAGAGAUAUCGCAUCGAUCGGACACGUCGGCGUCGCUGCAGGCGACCAGCGUCGUCCAGCCGCCGAUCGAAUCGGACCUGCACCGGUUCUCGGCGUACCACGGUAAAGGCAUCGUGCUGGACGAACGCGGCAGGACGGCCACCAGAUCGAAGGACUUUAGCAGCGCCGUGGUGUACGGGGCCACCUCGUUGCAUCAGGACGAAAUGUUCGAGGUGUCCGUGAUGAGUACUGCGAAACACAUGGCGGGUAGUCUGUCGCUGGGCGUAACGGAAGUGGCGCCGGAACUGUGUUCGAACAACAUGCCUUCGAAUUGUUACUAUUUGUGCGGUAACGAGUUGAGGUAUCAGUCGAAGAUACUGCAGUUUUUCACUCCGAGUUUGAAUUGGUUGAGUUGCAACGAUCGAAUCGGUUUUCUCAAAACCGGCGAAGGGAGCGUGAAAGUUUUCAUCAACGGUGAAGAAUUGCCGGUAUUUUUCCCUCCUUUGCCGGAUAACUUGUACGCAGUGUUCUUAUUGCACGGGGCUUGUAGCGAAAUCGGCGUGGUCAGUUUCAAAGCCAACGCGUCUUCUUUAAACAGUAUAAGAUUACAGGAUAGUUUGGAAUUGGUUUUGGACCAGGAGCAAUCGACUCCCGAGGUGCUGGAACACAAAGAGCAGCUGCCGGAGAUCGUACAACCGCCGGUUAUUUACGAAUUUCACGAAAACCACGGUAGAAACAUAGAAUUGAUUAAUAACAGGACGACCGCUCGUAAGGUGGCUUCGUACAAUCAGGGUAUUACCAUUGUGCAAAAACCUUUAGAACCCGGUUCAAAAGUUGAAGUGUUGAUAGAAGAAUUAGAAACGCGAUGGAAAUCAUCGCUUAUCGUCGGCGUGAUAUCGGGGAUACCCGAAAGGUUGAAUCUACCUGUUAAUGCGUUGGCUUUGAAAGCGCCCAGUUGCAUAGUAGCCAACGAUUGGAUAGCCCUAAACGGUAUUAAGUCUUCGUCGAACUACGGCCAGAGAUUGGACAGUUUGACCGUAGGCGAUCGCGUGGAAAUCAAAUACACCGAAUCGAAAUGCUUUCGAUUGUCGGUUAACGACGUCGAAGAAGAACCGUUAACGUUGAAUUUCACCAACGGGCAGCCCGUGUACGCGGUGUUUGAUCUCUACGGGCAAUGCCAGCAGAUAAAAAUCCUGAACAAUCCGGCGCUGGAGGAGCAGGUGGCGGGUAAAAAGGCUGGCGAUUGCGAGAAGGCGGAUUUGGAAACGUGCGAAAAGGAGCGAACCGAUUCGAAAUUGAGCCUGCCCAUCGCUUCGGCUAGUUCAGGUCUGGCCGGUUCGUCUUUGACGAAGAGCUCGCGCGCGAAUUCGCCGAUGAAAUCUUGCCAGUACAAGGAGGAGGUUGAGAGGUUCAAGAAGAAAAUUUUAUUGCCUGAUUCUUAUUUUACUUCGGAUGACCCGACGUGCUACUGUCAGUAUUGUUUUAGGACGAGAAAUGUGGACGAAAAGGAAAAUGUUAUCGGUUGGGUGAAAUUUCCUCUGUGCAUUUCGGAGAAUAUGACCACAGAUAAAUGGCAUACGGCUUUCUAUCCUUGCAAAGUGGGAGCUGUGCGGUGUAUUUUAGAUAAAGGGCAACCUUUAACUAAAGGACAAUUGAAAUGGUGCAAUUUUACUGCUAGAAAAUCCGACGACGUUCAAAUCGUGUUUUACCCGUCAUUGCAAUUUUCUCUCGAGAAGGGUCAUAAAAUUGAUAAUAACCGGGAGGUGAACGCGGCUUUUCAGUUAUCGGUUAAACCGGGCGCUUAUUCGAUAUCCAGGGACAGCGACAUAGUCGAGUGGAGUACCAAGGAAAGCGGGGCGCUUCUGUUGAAGGCUUUGUUAUUGAAGGUGCAUUAGAAUAAUGCAUUUUAUAACGUGCAAUGCGUUUAUUAUGAAAUAUUUAUUCCGCUUAGAUCUCAUAUAAUAGAAUAUUUUAGGUCGAUGUAUGUGAUGUAUGUUGUUCAAAAUAUUCCAGUGUAUAGUAAAUUAUUAAACAUUAGUAAAUUAUUUUUUU